GAACUGGCCGGAUUUGGGAAAAUACGAAUACAUUCUUUGGAAUAAAUAAGACAUUCGUUUUGUCACUAUAAUAUUAUAUUUCUAUAUUUGACUAAUUAUUCAAAAGCGCAAUGUCUGGAGAUCCAGAAGAGGAGGAAGCUGUCCCGGAAACUUUAGAAGAAGCUGGUGCUUUGGAGGCUGAUGUCGGAGCCAGAUUUGAUCAACAAUUGUCGGGAAUAGAUCCCAAGCUAAAGAUCAGCAUGGAUCCGUUCGCGCACCGCGACUUGCGGCCCGAGAUGAUGUUCAUCCGCGAGGAGCUGCGCCAGGCCAAGCUGCAGACGCUGGCUGUUCGUCGCACGGCGCUGAAGAAACUUUUGCUGCGAGACUUCAUGCAGGAAGAUUGUGAGUUGAGGAACAUCGGGCUCGCCUACGCACCCCCUGAUCCGUGACAUUUGUAGAUAAAGUGCUAAUAAAGUUUACUAACAAGAA